ACUUAUACACCAUCAUAUUUUACAUUCUUUUUUCUCCUUGAAAUCCCAUGGAUUCAUCUUUCCAAAUUGAGCCCACAAACAAAAAACUAAAGCUAUUCCAUGAUCUUGAUGAUCAUAACGAUCAAGAUUAUGCAAUUCAUGGUGACAAUUUUGUGUUACAAAAUUUACCUAGAGAUGUGCUUUUGGACAUACUCAUUAGGCUGCCAAUAUCAUGCUUGAUUCAGUUCAAGUUGGUAUGUCACUCAUGGAACUCAUUGUCUAUGGACCCUGAACUAGCCCGGGUUCACCAUGUCGCGAUGGCGAAAAACGACCCCAUGUUAAUGUUCCAUUGUGAUUACCCAAUUCGAAACCAACUCUCCUUUGUUGAAUUGUCAUCAAAUGAUCAUGAUGAAAAUAUUGUAAGAAAGAUAUCUAUUCCUUUUUGUAACUCCAUGCCAGAGUUUAAUGUUGUGGGAUCAUGUAAUGGUUUGUUAUGUAUGUCGGAUUCGCUAUAUAGGGAACCUGUUUACGUGUUUAACCCGUUUUCAAGGGACUAUCUUGAGUUACCGAAAUCUAAGCAGUUUGAUGAACAAGAGGUGAUAUUUGGGUUCGGGUUUCAUCCAGUUACAAAGGAAUACAAGGUUGUUAAGAUUGUUUAUUAUAGAAACUCACAUGGGCGGAAAAGGGUCAUUAGAAACAUUAGGAAUUACCCGAAAUCUGAAGUUCAAGUACUCACUAUCUCCAAACAAAUGAAUAAGAGUUCAUGGAGAUGCAUUGGGAAAAUGCCUUAUCAGAUUGAUAGACAAUUGAAAGGAGUUGCAUUGGUAAAUGGGAGACUUCAUUGGUUGAGUAGACUUAGUCGGGUUUCUGGGGUUUUAGACCGAGAAAUCAUCUCAUUUGACUUAAAAAGCGAGAAGUUUGAAGUGGUGAAGAAGGCUAGUAAUAUGGUAGUAAUCAACAGCAACCAUCAUUUGGCCACGGUUCAAGGGUGUUUAGCAGUUGUUGCUCCCUGUGGAUAUGGGAAGUUGGAGAUUUGGGUUAUGAAGCAAUACGGCAUCAAGGAAUCUUGGAUGAAGGAGUUUGUGAUUCAUGGAGCGUACCAUGUGAAAGCGCCAAACCAUGAGUACCAACACGGGAUAUGGAGGCAAGCAUUAAGCAAGAGGAUGGUUCGGGUUCUUUGUGUCUUGAAGAAUGGAGAAAUCUUGUUAGAGUAUAGAGGAGGGAGGUUGGUCAAGUAUGAUCCUAAAUGGAAAGAGUUUAAAAAUGUUGUGUUCCCUAAAAUGCCCAAAUUGUGUCAAACAAUUGUUCAUGUUGGUACACUAAAUUGGGUACAUAAUUAAAUUUAGAGGUCAUAAUAACCACACAAUCUAUUUAUGUUUA